CCGCCAGGUAUAUGUAUGAGGCCAACGCCUUGUUAGCACCAGCACCGUCUCUACCAUCCUCCCUGAACUAUACAACCUCACUAACACGUCUCCCUAUCUGACAUGGAUGAAGAGUAUGAUGUCGUCGUUCUCGGUACUGGUCUGACCGAAUGUAUACUCUCCGGUCUGCUAUCCGUCGAGGGCAAGAAGGUCCUCCACAUGGACAGGAAUGACUAUUAUGGUGGAGACAGUGCGAGUUUGAACUUGACACAGCUAUACCGCCAGUUCAGGCCGGAUCAGGCCAUUCCCGCUGAGCUUGGGCGCGACCGGGACUACGCCGUCGACCUCAUCCCCAAGUUCAUCAUCGCCUCGGGAGAACUGACACGUAUCCUCGUGCACACCGACGUGACCCGGUACCUCGAGUUCAAGCAGAUCGCGGGCAGCUUCGUCUACCGCGAUGGCAAGAUCUCGAAGGUGCCGAGUACGGAGAUGGAGGCGGUCAGGAGUCCGCUGAUGGGCCUCUUUGAGAAGCGGAGGGCGAAGAAGUUCUUCGAGUUCCUGCAGAACUGGAAGGACGACGACCCUGCCACGCACCAAGGUAUUGACCUUGACAAGGAUACCAUGAAUAUUGUUUACGAGAAGUUCGGUCUUGAACCUGGUACCCAGGACUUCAUCGGUCACGCCAUGGCCCUCUAUCUAGAUGAUGACUACAAGACCAAGAUUGCUCGGCCUACAUAUGACCGGAUCGUGCUGUACACAUCGUCCAUGGCGCGAUACGGCAAGUCUCCCUAUAUCUACCCUCUCUAUGGUCUCGGAGAGUUGCCUCAAUCCUUCGCUCGUCUGAGUGCAAUCUACGGCGGCACUUACAUGCUAGACAAGCCGAUCGAUGAGAUCGUCACCGACGCCGAUGGCAAGUUUGUCGGCGUCAGGAGUGGUAACGAAACCGUGAAGGCGAAGCAAGUCAUCGGCGACCCCAGCUACUUCGGUGUGGGCCAGUCCGCGCAGGCUGGCAAAGUCAGGGUCACGGAGGAGGGCAAGGUCAUCCGCGCGAUCUGCUUCCUCAAGCACCCGAUCCCUGGUACAGACGAUUCAGACAGCGUGCAGAUCAUUAUACCCCAGAACCAGGUCGGCCGACGGAACGAUAUCUACAUUGCGAUGGUUUCCUCGACGCACAACGUUUGCGCCAAGGACGUCUACGUUGCUAUUGUCAGCACCAUCGUGGAGACAGACAAGCCAGAGGAAGAGAUUGUUCCGGGUCUCCAACUCCUUGGUCCCAUCUACGACAAGUUUGUCUCCGUAUCAACCCUUCACAAGCCUACAUCGUCUGGCGAAGACGAUCAGAUCUUCAUCACUCGCUCUUACGAUGCUACUUCGCACUUCGAGACCGUGGUCGAUGACGUCCACAACGUGUGGAAGCGCGUCGUGGGCAAGGAACUCGUUCUCAAGAAGCGCGAGGUUGAGUACGAGGCAUAGACCUGUUGUCAAGGUUUAUUCGCUCCAGUCUGUUUUCAUAUCUUGGUCAUAGGAAAUCCGUGUACGAUGUUCCCUGGAUUUAGUUGAACGAAGCUCCGUACAAUGACUUUUAAUGCCAACGUAUUUUC